AUGCCCCCGCGGGAGCUGAGCGAGGCCGAGUCGUCCCCACUGCGGGCCCCGACCCCUCCCCCGCGGCGGGGCAGCGCGACCACGGAGCUGGGCAUCAAGUGCGUGCUGGUGGGCGACGGCGCGGUGGGCAAGAGCAGCCUCAUCGUCAGCUACACCUGCAAUGGGUACCCCGCGUGCUACCGCCCCACGGCGCUGGACACCUUCUCCGUGCAAGUCCUGGUGGACGGGGCGCCGGUGCGCAUCGAGCUCUGGGACACGGCGGGACAGGAAGACUUUGACCGCCUGCGCUCCCUCUGCUACCCGGACACCGACGUCUUCCUGGCCUGCUUCAGCGUGGUGCAGCCCAGCUCCUUCCAAAACAUCACGGAGAAAUGGCUGCCCGAGAUCCGCACCCACAACCCGCAGGCGCCGGUGCUGCUGGUGGGCACCCAGGCCGACCUCAGGGACGAUGUCAAUGUCCUGAUCCAGCUGGACCAGGGCGGCCGCGAGGGCCCCGUGCCCCAGCCCCAGGCUCAGGGGCUGGCUGAGAAGAUCCGGGCCUGCUGCUACCUCGAGUGCUCCGCCUUGACCCAGAAGAACUUGAAGGAGGUGUUCGACUCUGCCAUUCUCAGCGCCAUCGAGCACAAGGCCCGGCUGGAGAAGAAACUGAACGCCAAGGGCGUGCGCACCCUCUCCCGCUGCCGCUGGAAGAAAUUCUUCUGCUUUGUGUGA